UUACUCGAUGCCUCUGGCCAGAUAAUCCAGAAGCCGCUCUACCUCUCUCCCUUUGUGUUGCCUUCAAAUAUCACACGUCGAGGAAUAGUGACUAGGCUCAACAAUUCCACACAUAAUCCAAAGAAAUCUGUUCAAGUGGGCAUCUGUCAACAGGUUAUACUGAUUUUCCUCCAUCCAUGAAUUACUGUAAAAUAUGUUAAGUCUUAAGUAUAUUUGCCAAAAUAAACGUUCAAAUAUAGUUAAGGUUACUUGAAUUUCAAAUAGAGGAGCAGAAAUGCCACCACCAGUGGGUCCUCCAUCAUAUCCACCUCCUGAUGGAGGAUGGGGAUGGAUAGUGGUUGGAGCAGCUUUUAUCUCCAUUGGAUUUUCGUACGCGUUCCCCAAAGCCAUCACGGUAUUCUUCAAAGAAAUUCAACAGAUAUUCAACACUACCUACAGUGAAAUAGCAUGGAUAUCAUCUAUUAUACUGGCUGUUAUGUACGCAGGAGGUCCUGUAAGUAGUGUUCUGGUGAAUAAGUACGGUAGCCGGCCGGUGGUGAUGGUAGGAGGCCUGUUGUGCUGUCUGGGGAUGGUCUCGGCUUCUUUCAGCACCAGCGUCCUACAGCUCUACCUCACUGUGGGAUUCAUCGGAGGUUUGGGUCUAGCCUUCAACCUGCAACCGGCCUUAACAAUCAUUGGCAAAUACUUCUAUAAGAAACGACCCAUGGCGAAUGGGCUUGCCAUGGCAGGAAGUCCUGUGUUCUUAAGUACAUUGGCUCCUUUCAAUCAGUACCUUUUUAAUACUUUUGGCUGGAAAGGAAGCUUCUUGAUUUUGGGAGGUAUAUUGCUGAACGCCUGUGUGGCUGGGUCCCUCAUGAGGCCCGUUGGACCCAAACAAACUACUAACAAGUCUAAAAAUAAGAUUGGCAUAAAAGCGGAUGAAUCAGGUGGGAAGAAAAGCCGUAAGAAGAAAUCAACAUGGGAAAAAAUUAAUAAAUAUUUAGAUUUCUCUCUUUUUAAGCAUAGGGGAUUUCUGAUAUACUUAUCUGGAAAUGUCAUUAUGUUUCUAGGGUUUUUUGCUCCCAUUAUAUUCUUGGCUCCAUAUGCUAAAGACAAGGGAAUUGAUGAGUAUUCUGCAGCGUUCUUGCUGUCUGUUAUGGCUUUUGUUGAUAUGUUUGCUAGGCCUUCUGUAGGAUUAAUUGCAAACUCCAGAUUUGUCCGACCCCGAAUCCAGUAUUUCUUCAGCUUUGCGAUCAUGUUCACUGGAGUGUGUCAUCUCUUGUGCCCGUUGGCAGAGGACUACACAAGCCUGGUGUUUUAUGCUAUAUUUUUUGGCCUUGGAUUUGGGAGCGUUAGCAGUGUCCUCUUUGAAACUCUCAUGGACCUUGUUGGUGCUGAAAGGUUUUCCAGUGCUGUGGGACUCGUCACAAUCGUGGAGUGUUGCCCAGUUCUUCUUGGCCCUCCUCUUGCUGGUAAAUUGGUGGAUGAAACUGGACAAUAUAAAUACAUGUACAUAGCCUGUGGUGCCAUUGUGUUGCUAUCUAGUGUGUGGCUGCUCAUUGGCAAUGCUAUAAACUAUCGAUUGCUUGCAAAGGAAAAGAAGUUAGAAGACGCAAAAAAGAAGAAAAUGUGUAAACCUGAGUCCAGAGAAUCGGAGCCCUUGAACAAACCUAAACAUUGCGAUGUUAAUGUCGAAAGUACGAGCACAGAAGGUCAUCCCUCAGAAAGAGAAACUAAUAUUUAACAAGAAUCACAUCUCUGACUUCAGUGUUUAUGACUUUCUUAGGAGCAUUUUUUUUUUCAAAAUAUUGGAAAGGUUUUUAGUUGAAAUGAGGAGUCAUAAUUAAGGAUGGAAAUGAGAUUUUCCUCAAUGGCAAAUUUCAAAUGUUUGUUUUUUAAAACUUAUUUGGGCAGUUAAAUGUUGAGAUUAUGCAUAUAAAGAAUCCAUGCAAUGGGUUUAUUUCCGUAGAUGCCUGUGGUUGUGGUGGUUAAAAUAACUUUAAAGUCUUCCAGUGACUUCCAGUCUUGGUUAUAGAGACUGAAUCCCAAACCCCUGGUUUAAGUAGUUAGAAGGAGUGUGUUUAACUGUAUAGGAAUAUCCUCUCCACAUUUCAUUUUUUAUUUGAUAUUAAAGUGUAAAAUGGAUUAAAGGAAAAUGAAUUUUCCCCUCGUGUGCCCACGCAUACACACACACACACACCAUCACAUACUUCUGCAUGUGCACACAGAGUAUCUGGAGAACAAAAGACAAAUAAGUUCCAAAAAAAUAUUAUCACCGUGCUUUUUUUUUUUACU